UUGUCUCAGCUUCUCGGGCACACUCGCUCCCUGCCCAGAUUUUGUGGCCCAGGGCCCCGGCAGCCGGACUCCGGGGUUCUGUCUCCUUCCCUGUCACUGAGCUUCCGUCUGGGCCUCCCCUGUGAGAGGCUUGCGGUCUUGACCAGAUUGGUCUCAGCCCCCAUCUGGGUCCCUGUCCCCAUCUGUGUUGGUCUUCAUCUCUGCUUCUCUUCUGCCUGCCUGGUUGAGCCGCUUUUUUCCAGGUCCCCACAGGAGCCCAGUCCCCCUGCCCUGGUGCCAGCGGGAGAUUAGCCCUGGGAAGCUGAGGGGGCAAAGUGAAGAGCCCCAGUCUCUGUGGCCAGGUCACGGGGUCCUUGAACUCGUUGCUGCCCUUCUUCAGCCUCAGUUUCCUUUUCUAUUCUGAGGAAAGACAUAUAUCCCUAUUCCAGUCUUUCCAAACCUGCGUGAGAUUGUAAGAGCCUGUGUGGGGUGGGUGUCUGGAAAGGCAAUUGGGGUACAAAUGAUAGGAUUCAGGGUGGAAGAGGCAGGGAGGGGGUCGCUGAGGGCCAGGGUGGACAGGACCCUGAAGCUGAGGAUGGGAAGAUUAGAAAUGACUUUCUCUGCUGGAUUUGGAGUGAAGAGAGAACAGAGACACAAAGUCUCAAACAGCAUCCUGCAUAGAGCUAGGGAGUACAAAACUCUCACCCUCAGCACUGUUUGGAGAUCCUGUUCCCACCCCUGACACACACAUAUGCUCACAUCUACUUGCCCUGUUGACUUAGGACCUUUGGCCAGUUAGGUACCUGGGGCCAGCCUCUCUCUACCUUGCUGUCUCAUUCCCAAGGCUUAGGAUCUCUAUCCCUUCCUUGGGAGACUCUGGGGAUGGCUUUUUAAGAGGACCUUUGGUAGUUCAACUGGACUCCAGUCACUCCAAGGGUUGGAAACUGUCACUAAGAGGCUCUUCCCUUCCUCUUUCUGGGUGGGUCCUCAACCAGCAGUGCCUCCUCUCUGAAAAUCCAAGGCUCAGGACAAGAACUGGACCUCCAAGUUUGUAACUCUGACAUGGCCUCUGUUGCAGAGGUAUUGACUUCAGGGUCCCCUGAGGUUUGUGCAGGUCUUUGACACUCUGUUCUACACAGGGGUUGUCAUUGGCUGGGGUCUCCUGUCCUCUACCUGGGCCUCCACUCCCCAACUCCCUCCCCCUGACCCCUGCUGAAUUUGGUAGGGCAAACUUAGGCAAACUCCAUCUGAAAGACAGGUAUCCCAGGUACUUCUCAGCCUAGUUAGUGACACCACCCUCUCCCUGGCUCCUGAGCACCUAGGAAAGGGGUGUGGGAGAUGCAGAGUCAGAAGGGGCAGCUGCUCUCAGGUUCUACUUUUCCUGGUCUGUUUGUCCGUCUCUGUCUCUCUGCAGGAACUGGGUCCUUUCUCAUUUCUCUUCCUGUCUGUCCUUUCCUGGUCCCUGUUUCCUCCUCUCUUUGCCUUUGCUGCUUCUGCCCUCAUCCUCUGGAGACCCAGGUCUGCUGGACCCAUCCAUCCCCUUUGGGGCCAUGGGAUCGCUACUUGGGCUCCUGGCACUGCUGCUGCUGUGGGGCACUGUGGCUGAGGGCCCAGCCAAGAAGGUGCUGACCCUGGAGGGGGACCUGGUGCUGGGCGGGCUGUUCCCAGUGCACCAGAAGGGUGGCCCAGCAGAGGAGUGUGGUCCUGUCAAUGAGCACCGUGGCAUCCAGCGCCUGGAGGCCAUGCUUUUUGCGCUGGACCGCAUCAACCAUGACCCGCACCUGCUGCCUGGCGUGCACCUGGGUGCGCACAUCCUCGACAGCUGCUCCAAGGACACAUACGCUCUGGAGCAGGCACUGGACUUUGUGCGUGCCUCACUCAGCCGCGGUGCCGAUGGCUCACGCCACAUCUGCCCUGACGGCUCCUAUGCCACCCAUGGUGAUGCUCCAACUGCCAUCACUGGUGUCAUUGGCGGCUCCUACAGUGACGUCUCCAUCCAGGUGGCCAACCUCCUACGGCUGUUUCAGAUCCCACAGAUCAGCUAUGCCUCCACCAGUGCCAAGCUGAGUGACAAGUCCCGCUAUGACUACUUUGCCCGCACAGUGCCCCCUGACUUCUUCCAAGCCAAGGCGAUGGCUGAGAUUCUCCGCUUCUUCAACUGGACCUAUGUGUCCACUGUGGCAUCUGAGGGCGACUAUGGCGAGACAGGCAUUGAGGCCUUUGAACUAGAAGCCCGUGCCCGCAACAUCUGUGUGGCCACCUCAGAGAAAGUAGGCCGUGCCAUGAGCCGUGCAGCCUUUGAGGGUGUGGUGCGGGCCCUGCUGCAGAAGCCCAGUGCCCGCGUGGCUGUCCUGUUCACCCGUUCUGAAGAUGCUCGUGAGCUGCUUGCUGCUACCCAGCGCCUCAAUGCCAGCUUCACCUGGGUGGCCAGCGAUGGCUGGGGAGCCCUGGAGAGUGUAGUGGCAGGCAGCGAGGGGGCUGCUGAGGGAGCCAUCACUAUCGAACUGGCCUCCUACCCCAUCGGUGAUUUUGCCUCCUACUUCCAGAACCUGGACCCCUGGAACAACAGCCGGAACCCCUGGUUCCGUGAGUUCUGGGAGCAAAGGUUCCGUUGCAGUUUCCGGCAGCAAGACUGUGCAGCCCACUCUCUGCGGGCUGUGCCCUUUGAGCAGGAGUCCAAGAUCAUGUUUGUGGUCAAUGCAGUAUAUGCCAUGGCCCAUGCACUGCACAACAUGCACCGUGCCCUCUGUCCCAACACCCCCCGCCUCUGUGAUGCAAUGCAGCCAGUCAACGGGCGCCGUCUCUACAAGGAGUUUGUGCUCAAUGUCAAGUUUGAUGCCCCAUUCCGCCCAGCUGACACCCACAAUGAGGUCCGCUUCGACCGCUUUGGUGACGGUAUUGGCCGCUACAACAUCUUCACCUAUCUGCGGGCAGGCAGUGGGCGCUAUCGCUAUCAGAAAGUGGGCUACUGGGCAGAAGGCCUGACCCUCGACACCAGCCUCAUCCCAUGGGCCUCACCCUCAGCUGGCCCCCUGCCCUCCUCUCGCUGCAGUGAGCCCUGCCUCCAGAAUGAGGUGAAGAGUGUGCAGCCGGGUGAGGUCUGCUGCUGGCUUUGUAUCCCAUGCCAGCCCUACGAAUACCGGUUGGAUGAAUUCACCUGUGCUGACUGUGGCCUGGGCUACUGGCCCAACGCUAGCCUCACUGGCUGCUUCGAACUGCCCCAGGAGUACAUCCACUGGGGUGAUGCCUGGGCUGUGGGACCUGUCACCAUUGCCUGCCUAGGAGCUCUGGCCACCCUCUUUGUGCUGGGUGUCUUUGUGCGACAUAAUGCCACACCAGUGGUCAAGGCCUCGGGUCGGGAGCUCUGCUACAUCCUGCUGGGUGGUGUCUUCCUCUGCUACUGCAUGACCUUCAUCUUCAUUGCCAAGCCAUCCACAGCAGUAUGUACCCUACGGCGCCUCGGUUUGGGCACUGCCUUCUCUGUCUGCUACUCAGCCCUGCUCACCAAGACCAAUCGCAUUGCACGCAUCUUCGGUGGUGCCCGGGAGGGUGCCCAGCGGCCUCGCUUCAUCAGUCCUGCCUCGCAGGUGGCCAUUUGCCUGGCGCUUAUCUCAGGCCAGCUGCUCAUCGUGGCUGCCUGGUUGGUGGUGGAGGCACCGGGCACGGGCAAGGAGACGGCCCCUGAACGUCGAGAGGUGGUGACAUUGCGCUGCAACCACCGUGAUGCAAGCAUGCUGGGCUCACUGGCCUACAACGUGCUCCUCAUCGCACUCUGUACGCUCUAUGCCUUCAAGACCCGCAAGUGCCCCGAGAACUUCAACGAGGCCAAGUUCAUUGGUUUCACCAUGUACACCACCUGCAUCAUCUGGCUAGCAUUCCUGCCUAUCUUCUAUGUCACUUCCAGUGACUACCGGGUACAGACCACCACCAUGUGUGUGUCCGUCAGCCUCAGCGGCUCUGUGGUGCUCGGCUGCCUCUUCGCACCCAAGCUGCAUAUCAUCCUCUUUCAGCCGCAGAAGAACGUGGUUAGCCACCGGACGCCCACCAGCCGCUUUGGCAGUUCUGCUGCCAGGGCCAGUUCCAGCGCUGGCCAAGGGUCUGGCUCCCAGUUUGUCCCCACCGUUUGCAAUGGCCGUGAGGUGGUGGAUUCGACAACUUCAUCGCUUUGAAGACCCCACACUCCUGCCCUGACAUGGCUGCUCCCUGGAACCCAGUGCAGACUCGCUUGCAUCCAGGGCCAGGAGGAAAUUGGCUGGAGCACUACAAUAAUGUAUCGCCCGCCCCAUGUCCACCCUCAAAGUCAUUUGCCCACCUACUUCCCAACUCUUCAGAGUCAGAAGUCAGGGCCCUUGGUCAGAAACCUCUGCAAUGGCCACCAACUGCCCUUGCAGGUGUGUCCCCUCCUUGCCAGGCCCAGGGCUCAGAGGGGAGAGAGCCAGGGUACACUCUGCCCUGGACUGGGGUGACUGAGGACUGCGGGCCCAAUCCCGAUCAGCAAAGGUGCUUCCAGCCCAGCCCCUCUCCUCUUCUAGGGCCUUUUAAGAUUUUUAUAUUAGUUACUCUGGAAUGGGGAGGGUGGUUAUUGUGGGGGUUGUUCCUCCUGCUGCACAGUAGUUUGUCCUGUGGUUUAUUUUGUAUUACUUGUAAAUAAAGUGUCUUUAUUUAAAAAAAAAAAAAA